UAAACAAAUACGUUGUUUUGGAUACAGGUGACUUGUUCGUUGAAGAUCUGUUUACGCCGUCGUUAUCAAAUCAAUCAUCAUGUGACGAAGAAGACAUAAAUGCUGAGGUUACUAAAAUUAUGAGGCCACGUAAAAAUAGAGGACAGACGUGGUCGGAAGAAUCUUUGAGCGCAGCAAUGGAGGCAGUACAAAGAGGCGAAUUGUCUAUGCACGCUGCCUCACGAAAAUACAAAAUUCCACGUUGGACCUUGAGAAACCACGUUAUAAGUGGAUCAAAAGUCAAAAGAUUAGGAAGGCGGGGAAUAAUGACAGCUGCGCAAGAAAAAGAAUUAAUUUUUUUACUUGAAGGAUUUGCAAAAACAGGUGUAACCAUCACAUCAAAAUUAAUAAGACAGGAAGCAUUUUUGUAUUGCGAGAGAAAUCAACUCAAACACAAUUUCAAUAAGCGCCAAAGGAUGGCUGGAAUUGAGUGGUUACGCCAGUUUAUAAAAAGGAAUCCAUCAGUUGGCAAGUUAAGAGUAAUACCAAAUCAGUUAAAAAAGCCAUAAAUUUAUCACGAACUUGAAUAGAUUGUGGUUUAUGAAGAGUGUUCUAUUUUUGAAAUCAAACGACAUUAAAUAAUAACGGUUGACUUCGCUCGCUAUCGCCAUUUUGCUCGCUCAAGAGUCAAGUUAGUAUAGUACAAGCGAUGACAGUAUCGAUAUUGACAGUACGUGACAACACAUUGCACGCGAAUGUUCUUACUCCAACGUGAUAAAUAUUUUACGUAAUAUUACUGUGUUUUUAAUGCAAUAUUUUUGUUUGUGUAUGAUUUAUAUACUCUGGACCAGUAAAGUUUUGUAGUAGGUUAGUGAUAAGAAAGUUGAAAAUACCUGUUAUUAUUAUAAUUGUGAGAAUUUAGUAUCCCAUCUGGGCAUCCUGUUUGGUGAGUUGCAAAAUAUAAAUAAAAUUUCUCGUUUGCCAUUUUCGUCUCUAUUUUGUCAUUGUCAAUAUUUUUUUUAAAUCACCACGAG